CUGAAUUUGAAUUUACAGCUGCCUUCCAGACACGAGCUCAAGUGAAUUGAGCGAAACUGUGAUACUGCAAUUGGAACUUAGAGCAAUAGUACUGGUUGCUAAAGUUGAUGUGGGUGUUGAAACGGUUUCCAAUGGCCAUAAACUGCCCCGAGAGAGUUCAUAUUUAUCUAGUAAGUGGAAGAGAAAGAAUUGUUUGUAAGGGCAUGAUGAUGGCAGUGAUAAUCUGCAGUUGGUUCCUUUCAACUGGACAAAGUCCUACUAGAAAUUGAAGCUUCGAGAUCCUGAAACUGUAGGGAAGGUUUUGGCAGAUGAAUAUGGAGAGUGAUGAUGGCACUGGUAAAAAUAUGUGCGAAUCAAAUUUUAGAAAUUUUGCAACAAAAUUGCUCGGUUACGUAUGCUUAUAAUGAGCACAGGGCAGAUGGAUUUCUGUGUUGUCUUAUUGGUCUAAGGUCACGGAGGAAUCAGAUGGGGCACUAUGAAGGUGGUUUUAAGAAUGGGUUUAUCGGAUUAAGUAAUUCAGUAUUUAACUUACGGACGCCUGAGGAGGUUGUCGCCAAAGCCGUAGCUACUAGCCAAGCCAAGAACAUCGCAGGAAACAGAGGAAGUCGCAGACUCGCAGGAAGAAGAGGAAGUCGCAGACUCGCAGGUCGCCCAUUCUCAGACAAUAGUUAUGGCGGACGAGGACCAUGAAGGUGAAACCGUGUAUGAUCCAUCUAAAGAUCCUGCUAGAAGAGCAAAAUCUAAUGACCCGGGAUGGAAGCACGGAUUUUGGCCAGACUUGAACAACAAAGACAUAGUCCAAUGUUAGCACUGCAAUAAGCAAAUGCGUUCUGGCAUAAAGAGAUUAAAACAACAUUUAGCUGGCGGGUAUGGAGAUGUUGCUAAAUGUCCUCAUACGACAACAGAACUUAUGAGGGAGAUGCGAGAAUAUUUAAUGAAGAAAUCUAGGAGUAAACCGAUCAAUAUUGAAGAUGAUGGCGAUGAUGGCGAUGAGGAUGAUGUUGAAGUACCUUUGACUCAAGUAGAUACUUCAACUCCUCAACCGAGUUCUGGGACAGCAACCAAGAGAAAAAAUGCUGCCUCACAAUUCUUUAAUGUUCCGCCAAAAAUGCCCAAACAAAGCAAGUCAAUUGCCUCCAUCAUUCGCAAAACUCCUGAGGAGGUUGUUGAUGAAAGACAUAUGAAAGGCCCCACCCAAACUACAUUAGAACAAUGCACAAAAAGCAAGGAGGAGAAAGAGAGGGUCUUCGGGCACAUUUCUGAUUUUUUUUAUGAAAACGGCAUUCCUUUUAAUGCAGCAAACUCCAGAAGUUAUGAGAUCAUGGUUGAGUCCAUUGGGCAGUUUGGACCCGGACUUAAACCUCCUAGCUAUCAUGAGUUGCGGGUACCACUUCUUGAAAAAGCAAAGAAAAAAACAGAGAAGCUCAGAGAAAAACAUGAACUUGCUUGGAAGGAAUACGGGUGCACACUCAUGUCUGAUGGAUGGUCAGACCGAAGGAAUCGACACUUGAUUAAUUUCCUUGUCAAUAGUCCAGAAGGUACUUUUUUCCUAGACUCGGUUGAUGCAUCAGCAGAAUCUCAAGAUGCAACAUUGCUAGCAGGUUUGCUUGAGAAAAAAAUCGAAGAAGUUGGAAAAGACAAGGUGGUGCAAGUGGUGACAGAUAACGGCUCUAACUAUAAGGCUGCGGGAAAGCUUCUAGAGCACAAAAUACCCACGCUGUAUUGGACUCCAUGCGCUGCACAUUGUUUGGAUUUGAUGUUGGAGGAUAUCGGUAAAUUAGCUGAUUUCAAGCCCCACAUUAACAAGGCAAGACGUGUGACUACUUUCAUUUAUCGGCACACGAGAAUCCUCCAUUCAAUGAGACAAAAGACAGGUGGGAAGGAUCUUGUAAGACCUGGAGUUACUAGAUUUGCAACCGCGUUUCUCACUUUGCAAUCUCUAUAUAAACACAGAGAAGCAUUGAGAAAUCAAUUUAGCGGUCUGGAUUGGGUUAGAUCUAAAUUGGCUGCCACAGAAGCAGGGAUGAAAGUUAGAGAGAUUGUGUUUUCCACUAGAUUCUGGAGUGCAGUGGAAGAUUGCAUACGAGCUUCACAGCCGCUUUUAGUUGUCUUGAGGAUAGUUGAUGCUGAUGAGCAACCGGCUAUGCCAGAGCUUUCACUAGCCAUGGAUUGUGCCAAGGAAAAAAUCAACGAGGCAUUUGAAAAUAAGGCUAGGGUUUUGAGAAGCCUAAUUGGGAUCAUUGAGACACGAUGGGAAGUCCAGAUGGAGGUCAAAUUAUACGGGGCAGCUUUGUUUUUAAAUCCAUCUAAAUAUUUUGAUCUCAAACAAACGAAUCCUACAUCAGCAUCAAGGCAACGAUCAAUGUUUAACGAUGUGCUUGAAAAGAUGGUCACGGAUGAAACAUUGCAGGCCAAGAUAAGUGAUCAAGCGACAGAUUAUGACAAAUUGAGAGGAAGUUUUGCAAAGCAGCUCGCUAUUAAGCAACAAAAAUCUAAGAGUCCUCUUGAUUGGUGGGAUGCUUUUGGUGGACUCGCUGUUGAGCUGCAAUCGUUCACAAAACGCAUAGUUGGUCUCUGUUGUACCUCUUCUGGCUGUGAGCGUAAUUGGAGCACUUUUGAGUUUAUUCAUACCAAAAAAAGAAACAGGUUGGAGCAUAAGAGGUUGAAUGACUUGGUUUUUAUUCAGUAUAAUCGGAAGAUAGCAACCAGAUUUCAGAAGCGGCGUGAAGAAGGAAAAAACUUCAACCCUUUAAUAUUUGAAGAUUUCCAAUGGAACAAUGAGUGGGUGAGUAAUGAAGUUGUUCAUCCGGGUGAUGAUCUUCUAUGGAGUCAAGUUGAUGAAGCUCUGGGUGCAUCAAGCAGUCUUCAAGGUCGUAAUCUUCCUAGAACUAGUAGCUCUCGUGGAGAAUCAGUUUAUUAUCGACGCCGUGGUUCAAACUCUUCAAAUUCUUCAUUAAGGUUGAUUGAUGAAGACAUGAACGAUGAAGAAGAAAGUUUUCCAAAUGAUGAUGAAGAUGUUGAAGAUGACUAUGGUCAAACACCACCCACUUCUACUCAUGAUGAUGAAGAUCAGGGAAAUGAAGGCCGUAGAGAUGAUUUAGUCCUUGAUGAUUUUUGAGAACUGAGAACUUAGUAGUUUGAUCUUUACGCUGCUUAUUUGAGAUAUACAUUUUUAAUCUUAAUUCCCAUUAAUAAACCUUGUUUUUAAUUAUUAAUUGUGGAUUUCAAUUCUAAGUUAUAUACAUUUUAGUUAAUAAUAUAGUAUACAUAAUAUAUAA